CACCAUCUGCAGCUCUCAUUGCGUGAUGCCCUCUUCUCACCCUACUCCUACAUUUCGAUUGAAUGUCCCUCUUGACAUUGAGUGUGAUAUCUUCGCCCCGUCUUACUAUAACGAGAUCAAUUGCUCGUGCACGCUUGGUUACUGUACAGAGGCAUCUGCUUCCGAGGGUUCCGAAGUAUACAACCGUAGGGAAUCACGUAUCGGGAAACAUGGCGACCAGCGUACCGAAGACGAUGAAGGGCGUGUGGAUCGAAAAGAACGGUGGGAUAGAGGAACUGCAAUAUCGCACCGAUAUACCCGUGCCUGAGCCAAAGGAGGGACAAGUAUUAGUCAAGAACGAAUUCAUCGGCAUCAAUUACAUCGACACCUACUUCCGCACCGGCCUCUACCCGGCCCCGCACUUCCCCUACAUCCUCGGCCGCGAAGGCGCCGGCACCAUCGCGGCCACAGGCCCCAACACCCCCUCGGACCUCGUCCCAGGCACCCGCGUAGCCUACAUGGCCCAGACCGCCUACGCAGAGUACACGGUAGCAGAAGCCAACUCGACGGUGCCGCUGCCGGAGUCCAUCGACACGAAGACGGCCGCCGCGGCUCUGAUCCAGGCGCUCACGGCGCUGACGCUGAUCCGCGAGUCGCACCCUGUGAAGAAGGGGGAUUGGGUGCUCGUGACGGCUGCGGCGGGCGGCGUGGGGCUCUGGCUGUGCCAGCUCCUGCGGGCGGUGGGCGCGCGCACGAUCGCGACGGCGUCGACGGAGGAGAAGCGUCAGUUAGCGAAGGCGAAUGGCGCCGAGGUUACGGUCGAGUAUCAUGAGGAGGACAGGGACAAGUUUGUGAAGGAGGUGCUGGAGAUUACGGGCGGUGAGGGCGUGCAUGUGGUGUUUGAUAGUGUGGGCAAGGCGACGUUCGAUGCGGUGCUGGCGACGGUGAGGCGGAAGGGGAGUUUGGUCAGCUUUGGGAAUGCGAGUGGUGCCGUGACGGGGUUUGCGUUGGGCCGCCUAGCCCCCAAGAACAUCAAGCUCCUCCGCCCGACGCUUUUUGGCUACAUCGCCUCGCGCGAGGAGCUGCUGCCAUAUGCAGACGAGCUGUGGAACCUCAUCACCAAGGACAACCUCACUGUCCGCAUCCAUGAGGUGUAUCCGCUCGAGGACGUGCAGCGCGCGACUAGGGAUAUCGAAAGCAGGAAGACGACGGGGAAGUUGUUGCUGAAGCCUUGACGGGUCUGAGGAGUGUGUGGGGUUGGAGAAGAUAGAGAGGGGGCUGUACUGGGUCAAUGUGGCGCUCUCAGAUGAAGUCCAUUUAUAUGGGAUGACUAUGAUUUAAAGCUACCAUUUAGUGCGAGCAAUGACAUUGAAAGCCGAGUUUAUAUGAUACAUAAGAAAAAAAAGUAGAAAAGGGAAACGGUGAAAGUAGA